CUUCUAGUUAGACUUAAGAACGGUCUAAAGGCAACAACCUCGAGAGACUUACUGCGCAGUCGCUGGCGCUGACUUCAGCACUGACCAUGCCGACGGUGGCCAGCAUGGCGAUGGGAAACAAGAAAGCCUUCAUUGUGUAUGUGGGAAAGGGAGAUAAGAGAGUAUAUGUGACGUGACGAGGGUCGAUUGUGGUUUGAUGGAUCAGCAAAGAUAAAUAUCCAAGCAAUGUAUGAAUGAACCUGGAAAAAAAGAGAGAGAGAGAGAGAAAGAGAGAACUGGCAGCUGGAAGGGAAUCUGCUUGCUUUAAAUCCAGGAACGACAGUCACAAAUCGCGCUGGGUUGUUCCUGCCACCUGCAUCGAAGCUUUCGGGGUUUCCUCCACCCAGACGCACCUCCUUCGCGUUUUUUUUUUCUUUUUCUUUUUCUUUUUUAGUUUCCCGGUUAAGUUGAGAGAGGCGAUCGCCAUUGGACCCCGUUGGUAUAUCUUGAUUCAUGAGUGGUGCUCGGCCAACAUGGCUCACGGUCUCCACGGGCAAAUUCCUGACUGGAGUCAUCCAGCUGCAAGGCGAGCAGCUAGUUGUGGCUGGUACUUGAUCCACCCAGAUCUUGACUUAAUCUCAUAGGCAGCACGAUUUCACUCUACGGAUGCCGUCGCAUCCAAAGUGCCUUUUAUGGUGGGAGCGAAAAAAAAAAAGCUAUUGCUCGAGCAUUGUUGAUAAGGUGAGCA